CGCGUUUGAGAUCCAUUGGGGUGAUUUUCUCCCCAAGAUAGAAAUAUUGGGCCUCCGUUGAAUAGGACGACGGAUUUCGGCCUAUUUCCAGACCCUUCUAGGCAGGUCCGAGUGUGGAUUUCGCGGAGGGAUCCGAUCUGGUGGCUCAUUCCCUCUGCGUUUCAUUCGCCCUCACCGUGUCUGAGCUAUCAUCCUCAACUAGAUCCCUGAACUGAUAUCAGCCCGGGGUGAAUAUUUUUGUUUUACUUUAGUUCGCUGGGUCGAUAACUGAUUUGCGCCCACAAUUCAACCAAUCAAUUAGCAGUCACAGUCGGAGAAGGCCCCUCUCCCCUCGUGGCCGAUGGCUUCCUUCCAGAUCCUCUCGGAUUUGCACCUGGAGAACCCCACGGGGUACAACCUCUUCGACGUAGUGGCGCAGGCGCCCUACCUGGCACUACUGGGAGACAUUGGCAACGUCCGGGACGACGGGUUUUUCGCCUUCCUAGAGGCCCAGCUGCCCAAGUUCCAGAUCGUCUUCUUGCUUCUCGGGAACCACGAACCCUACUACUCCAGCUGGCCGGCGGUCCGGGAGAAGCUACAGAAGUUCUCGGAUUCCGUCCACCACCGCCGCGCGCAGGCCUCCUCCGGACCGUCGAAACUCGGCCAAUUCGUCUUCCUCGACCGCACCCGCUAUGAUAUUUCCCAGGAGCUCACCGUCCUCGGCUGCACGCUGUUCUCGCGCAUCUGUCCCACCCAGGAGGAGCAGGUCAGUUUCGGACUGAACGAUUUCUACGACAUCCAGGACUGGACGGUCGACGACCACUGCGCGGCCCACGAGGUCGAUCGCGCCUGGCUCAACGACCAGGUCUCUCGUAUCGCGCAGGAAGAUCCUCACCGCAAGAUCGUGGUCUUCACCCAUCAGAGUCCGACGAUCGCUGCGGAGGCCGUCGACCCGCAACACGCCAACAGUCCCAUCACGUCUGCGUUUGCGACCGACCUCCGGGGAGAACCGUGUUGGGAGAAGCCUCAAGUGCGACUGUGGGCGUUUGGGCACACCCACUUCAACUGCGAUUUUACUGAGAGUCGGACGGGGAAACGGGUGGUCACGAAUCAACGGGGGUAUUAUUUUGCGCAGUCUGCAGGGUUUGAUGCGAAAAAGGCGAUUCGAGUCUAAGGGAGAAAAGGGAACGGGGCGUUUUCGGUGUCAAGCUUUUUGUUCUUUUUAUUUUCAAAGUCCUUCCGUGAUAACCCCAUGAGUGUUAGAUAUGCAGACGAAUAGAAUCAACCUAUCUCAAAGUUCU